GGGACUCCAUCAGCAUCCAUAUCACAACGAAACCCCCAAAGGCGGGAAAUAAGGUCCCUUACGGAGGGAAAACUAAAUAAGUCAUAUUGUCGUUUCUUCAACCCUCUUGACGGUCACACCCAGAGAGAGAGAGCGCUUUUGGGAGAUACGACCCAUCUCCGGCGGACUCAAUUAUGGCCGAAAUCGAAACCCUAGGUAUUAUCGACGAGAUUCAAAUCCUCGUCUCCGAUAAGCUUCAAGUGGUGUCCUACAAGUGGCUGAGUCGCAAUUUUUUGGUGUCAUCAAAUGCUGCAAAGAGAUUGCUUCAAGAGUUUGUUGAAAAGCAUGGAAGUGGGAUAGAAAUAGUAUAUACGUUAUCUGGCUGGUUGAAGAAUAAUCCUUCAGUUUACCAUAUAAGGCUUGUUUCCAGGCCUAAACUUGCAGAAGCCAAACAAGAAUUUGAUGGCAAUUGCUCAGUUCAUGUCUAUAGUGUCCAAGCUUGCAUCCCAAAGGAUCCGGCAGCCAUCUGGAAUACUGAAUUUGUGCAAGCAGAAGAGCUCUUUAAGCAGCCCCCCACAGUUGAUAAUUGUCUGAGAGAUAAUAGGUUCUGUGGGGUUUCAAAUUCCUUUGUCAAGCGCAAUUCUGAAGGAACACCUGUAAGCACUGCUGCUCCACUGGCCAAAAGUGCAGUCCAAGGGCAGUCCAAAACUAAUUCUGCACAGCAAACUGCAACUGUUUCACAACCUCAGCAAAGAAAAACUCAGCUAUCAAGCCCAAAUAUUGGGUGGUCUCCCAAUGCUGUUAAGAAUGUCAAAAGUGAAAGUCAUGGCACAAGUGGUCAUGAACAGGGUAACAAGCCUGCUCCAAAGAAGGAAAAUGUUCUUCAAUUGCCUGCUAGUAAAACGACGAGCCAGAAUGAUAAAAGCUUUUCUGGAUCUGGAGGCUCAUUAGCUAAUAUGUGGGGUCGUGUAUCUGUAAAUUCAAAGUCUAAUUGCCCUGCUGCAGAAACUAUUAAUUCCAUUACAAAAUCUGCUGCUAGUUCAGAAGCUCAAGUAUGUGCUCGUGAAGCAGAAGAUGGGAAUAUUGAUGACGAUGGUCAAAAUUUCAACAUCAGGAGAACAUCCAACGGUGAGGGCAGUAGAAAGCGGAGGGUGGUGUUUGAUUUCUCAGAUGAAGAAGAUGAGUACAAAGAUGCUGUCAAUCUAGCAUCACCAGAUCCUCCAAAAAAACCAUCUUCUGGGGAUUCAAAAGAAAGUUCUAAAACUUCACUUCCGGAGAAAAACAGUUUAAACUUUGAGGAAAAAAAGGAAGAUAAACCAAAGGUCAAGGAAGAGAAAGAAACUGCCAUAAAAUCUAGCCAACUAUCAAGGGAAGAAUCCUCAGCUGCCAAUAAAAGCAAUAACACUGGGAUUUCCUCUUUGGACAAGUUCCCAAACCAUAUUCCGGUGAGUGACGCAAGUUCAAUGGAUAAAGUGACUGAUGAUGCUCCAAAUUCACCUAAAAGGAGAAAAGUUUUAAAGACAAGGAUUGAUGAACGUGGGAGAGAAGUAACUGAGGUUGUUUGGGAGGGUGAGGAGCCAGAGACAAAACCUGACAGUAAUACAAUGAAGAAAGCUAACAAUCGUACAGUGAACAGUACUGUUAACAGGCCACCCCCAGCAAAGAAAUCACCUGCAUUCGGAAGCAAUGCACCAUCUAAUCAAGCGGGUAAAACAGGAAACAAAAAAGCAGGAAAUAAGGAUCCUAAGCAGGGGAAUAUUAUGUCGUUCUUCAAGAAGGUGUAAGGAGAGGAGACUAAGAGAAUACUUACUGUGCAUUGUGAAUUUACUGGUACGUCCUUGACAACAGAGAGACAGGGAGGGAGUCCACCGGUAAUUAGAACGCAAGUCCUACUCAGAUACUUUUAUGUUUUUCUUGAUAUAGUUUUGGUUGUUUCCUUUAGGGGUUGGUUUAGUUUGAGGCCUUUUGAUAGACUCCUUUGUCAUGUGUAUUGCAACAUCACUAGAAAUUAGGGGUGCAUGCUUUGUCAGACUAAAUGUUACAUUGGCAAUGAAGCGACAACAAAUCAACUAGUCCUACUCAGUUCUAAGGAUUUGCAUGUUAUUGCAUUUACC